GCGUUUGUCGGGUGUCGUCGUCAUCGUCAUCACCGCUGCGGUUCACUGGCAUAUAAUAGUUCUCGCGUUAUUUCCGGCUAAUAGCUGACCGGAAAAACAAGAAAAGAUGCUAGAGAAUAACAGCGGUACAGACGGCAGCGGCGGAGACGACCACACGUCCUCAUCAUUUACGGUCAUUAAUGACGACCCCGACCACCGCAGCCGUCGUCGUCACCGUGAUCACCGAAAUCACCGAGAUCAGCACUCACAUGACCGAGACCCGCGACACUUUGCCCGAACCCUAGAUUCGAAGCUCAAAAAGCUAAAGCGACAAACCGGCGACGGCAUCAAGCACGCAUCCAGGAAACCUGUUUUCGUGACCACAGUGAAAACAGGAAUUUUUCUGGAUCCGCCACCCGACCUUGCCGCCUUGCUCGGACUUGACGACCGUUCGUCCCCAUCCGCCGUCGACUCAGACCGAUACUACUCGUACUCGAGCAAACCGCGCGUGCUCCACGACAGACAACACCAACGGUGUACCUUUUCCUACUCAUCCCAAAAAACCGAUAGCAAACCCGAUAUGUGUAAACAAAUGGGUUACACGAACAUCAUGCACGAUAAACGGGUAGUAAGAGGCAGUAAUUUUUCAAAAAAACCAUUCCGUCCAAAAUGGAACCCAUAUUUUGGGUAUGCUAAACAGUUGUCGUCCGAGUUGGGUAAAGAGUCAUCUGCGUCACGAGAAGCAGAAGCUCGUCGACGAGCCAUGGCCAGAAAAAAAGCCAUUGACUAUCAGACCAGAGCAUUGCGAUUGCAUCUAGGAGCGCCAAAACUUACCAGAGGCCGACAGAACGUGGAUAUCCAAACUGAUGUACAUCUAGAAGAAUUGUAUGAUUAUCCAGUAUCUCAGACGUUUGGGGCCCAGACUGAAUUUGACCAAGAGCUAUUCUCGAAUCCAGGAACUGGGACGUCCGCUGGUACCGAUGCGUCUACCCAAGUAGACGAUAAAGAUUUAUUCGACUUCGACACCGAGGUAACGCCGGUAGCGGAAACCCUGAUUGCUGACGUGUUCAGACAAGCUAUGCGCGAAGUGCUAUAUGAAGACGAGCUUGAUACGAGGGCACGGCAACAAAGAACACUUUGUAUGCGGCGCACCGUCGAAGAGAUCGAAAAGCAAAGACUGCAAUACGAAGACGAAAGGCUGAAUAAAGUUAUCGCUGAACACGCUCAAUUGUUUGAUGAAGGCCGUGUGACUAAUUUAUUGCCAAAAGUACUUGAAGAUCUGAAUCAAGAAGGAAUUUCUUCAAAUACAACUGCUAAUAAAUUACAAAGUUCAGAAUUCGUAUCAUGGCUGAUAGAAGAACUGCAAACUAAUAAAACAAAACACACCGAAAGUGACGACAUUUUAAAAAGUAUAAUCCAUGAUCUCGUAAAACGUCGUUUGGAUUCAUACAAUGAAAUUACUGAUGUAAAGGAUAUUGAACAACCCGAAGAACUAUUUAAAGAAAUUGAAUCUAUAACGUUAGAAUCUGACAAAAAAAUUGAAUUGCAUAAUCCAACUACCGAUAGCUAAAAGCUCAUUCAGAGCAAUUCGAUAAGAAGAAUAAGAAAAUUUCUAUAACUUUUGUCUACUUUAUCCAACCCAGAAUAUUUUUCAAAAAUAUCGAUAGGUGUUAUAUAUUAUAGGUCUCAGUAUUAUAAAAAUAUAUUAAAUUAUUUAAUAUAAUCAUGUAGAACUAAAGCCGCAUCCCCAUCCUAACAAUUCUAACCUAACCUAAGCCGACCCAUUCCACCGACCAUAGCCACCACCACCCACUACCUACUUAUCUAAUGUUACUGUUCGAAAUAUUUCUACACAUGCGUAAAAAUUGAUAGGGACACAACCUACCACCUAACUUAACCUAACCUAUUGCGAUACAAUCUUAUAACCCUAGUAAAAUAGCUUACGACUAUAAUAUAAUACUCUAACUUACAUAUUCAUCUCCCCGCUCCUACUACCUAAUCCACAGCCGCCGUACCCAGCGCUCUCUAUCAGUUAUCAGUUAUCAUAUUGUUAUCAGUUAUCACGUUGUUAUCA